AUGUCCUUUCCAUGUCAACGACAACAACGACGAGGUCCUUACGCGACUAAAGCAUGUGCUAAUUGCCAACAGAGGCACAUAAGAUGCUCAGGGCAAGCACCUUGUAAACAUUGUACACUACGCAAUAUCGAGUGUGUUUUUAUUAAUUCUGGUAAAAAGCGAGGACCAAAGACGCUAUCUUCCAUAACCCCUAACGUGAAGGGUCACGAAUCAAACUUUUCACAACAUCUCGAUAAUUAUAUUCCUUUUUAUUUUAUUCCUUUCGAUGCAUUUCAAAUCAACGUUUCUGAAGAAUCCGUUCCAUUGUUUAAUCAAGUCAAUUAUGUCAUUCAAGAUUUAACUUCUGACCUAUAUCAAAAUAAUACUUUCGAUUUGCAUAAUCAUACAACUAUUUCUUCUAAUUUAGAUUAUUUGCAUUCAGAAAGA